UCUGCUUACUGUUCCCCCUCGCCAAUGGGAGCGCCGUCCCGUCCCCCUCCCUUCCUCUCCCCCUUUCCUUUGGCGAGUCCUCCAGUCGCCGUUUAUAUACUACGCGCACACGCGCACAGUGCAGUCUAAAUCUGCUACGAGUACUUCUCCUUUGUUCGUGCGGGUGAGGAGCGCAGGGCGGCGCACGGCGGCGAGGGAUUGGGUUUGAGGCCUCGAGUGGGGGAUCGAUAUGGCGCGGGAGAGGCGGGAGAUACGGCGGAUAGAGAGUGCGGCGGCGCGGCAGGUGACCUUCUCCAAGCGGCGGCGCGGGCUGUUCAAGAAGGCCGAGGAGCUCGCCGUGCUCUGCGACGCCGACGUCGCGCUCGUCGUCUUCUCCUCCACCGGCAAGCUCUCCCAGUUCGCCAGCUCCAGUAUGAACGAGAUCAUUGACAAGUAUAGUACUCAUUCGAAGAACCUGGGGAAAUCAGAUCAGCAACCUUCAAUUGAUUUAAAUGUAGAACACAACAAGUACAACAGUUUGAAUGAACAACUCGCAGAAUCAAGUCUUCGGCUUAGACAUAUGAGAGGUGAGGAACUUGAGGGGUUGAGUGUCGGUGAAUUGCAGCAGAUGGAAAAGAAUCUUGAAACAGGACUGCAGAGGGUGCUUUGUACAAAGGACCAACAAUUCAUGCAACAAAUCAGUGAGCUCCAACAAAAGGGCACACUGCUGGCAGAGGAAAAUUCGCGCUUGAGAAGCCAAAUGCCUCAGGUGCCAAAGGCCGGCAAGAUGACUGUUGUCGAAACUGAAAACGUUGCCACUGAAGAUGUCCACUCAUCUGAAUCUGUGAUGACGGCAUUGCAUUCGGGGAGCUCGCACGACAAUGACGACGGUUCUGAUAUAUCCCUGAAGCUAGCGUUGCCUUGAAAGUACGGGGCGCACCUGAGGACGUCCCUUGUGAUGAGUGGAGUUUCUCUCCUUCGUAGAGAAGAUGCCAUGUUACGAUGGAGACUCCAAGACUGACUGGAAUGAUCCCAUAGUAGAAGCCAGAUCAGUUUAACCUGGCUCGUCAUUGUCACGUGCAUGCAUGCAAUUGUUCCCCUUUGCUUGGGUGUGCACCGGACUUGUAGCGUAGUGCUAUGUGUAGUGUUUCUUCGCUCCUGCGACUUGUAUCAUUCGUGCAAACUAUGUACCUAAGGCUCAUGUGUACUUCGUUGUGAAAGCUUGUUGGCCUAAGCCAUUCUCAGUGCAUUGUUACCUAGCUUGCUGCUGAUGGAUAA